UGUAAUGGGUACAAUUUAAAAACGCAGCGAUGAGUGGUAAUGACGCUUUUAACAGAAGUUCACGGACUCCGCGAAGUCCCCCUCCAGAAGGAAGACCAGCUAUGGAAACCACCCCAGGAACCCCAGUAGCAGCAGCACGAGCCGAGGCACCUGAUGUAGUUUCAACCACUGAAAUCCAGAAAUGGAUUUCCGAAAUUGAAAAGCGCCUUAGUGAAAUUUGCACCAUUGCAAAUGAUGGUAAAUUAAACUCAGACCAAAAACUGAGAAUAAACACGCUAAGUAAGAGCGUAUUAGGAGGAAUCUCGCAAUUGGCUGUACAAUACCAGGCGGUCAAGCAGAAUUUAUUACUUAGCCAAGCCAAAGUGAAUACCUUGUCCAUGCAAACAAACAUCAGCACCCAGCUAUAUGAACUCAAACAGUGCAUACAAGAAAAAGCAACAACCGAAGAAAAACAAUCGUUCGCCGACAUGGUUAGGACCGGGAAAAGCUCGACUGUUGUGCCUACCAAGUCAAGUAGUAGCAUCGCAAUUUACCCUGCCGACAAAGAAAAAUCCAGUGAGGACACCAAAAACCUGAUCCAAAACUUAAUUAAGCCCGAGACCCUGAAACUUCACGUACGUGGUAUGAGAAAAACAAAGAACGGUGGAGUCAUAAUCAGCACCGAGAGAAAGGAUGACCUUGAAAAGCUUAAAGCAUCUCAGCAGCUGCAGCAAUCAGGACUUAAAGUGGAAGAUACCACCAAAAGGAGACCGAAGAUAAUCAUCCUAGGAGUCCCGACAAAUAUGUCCGAAGGAGAAGUGUUCGAUUGUAUUUUUAAACAAAACAUUGCAGACUUACAACCAAAUCUCACUAGGGAUACAUUUAUGUGCUCAGUUAAACUUAGUCAUAAAUCUGGAAAAAAGGACUUAUCCACCUGCAACUACAUCCUAGAAUGCACAGCUGAAGUCCGACGUAUGCUCAUACAACAACAACGCGUUUUUAUCCAUUGGACAUCUUGCCCAGUACGAGAUUUCACUCUCCUGACCCGUUGUUAUUUAUGCCAUUUAUACGGCCAUUCGGCUAAAUAUUGCAAAGAUACAGAACCUACUUGUGGACAUUGCGGGUCAUCAGGCCAUGGUUUUAAGGAGUGUCCAAAGCAAGCUGAACCCGCCAAAUGCGCUACGUGUCUGCGCUUUAAAAAGCCGGCCAAUCAUAAAACCGGAGACGACCAGUGCCCAGCGAAGAAAAAUGCGCAACUUAGGUAUAUAAAUUCUAUAGAUUAUGAGGGCGCCUAGAGCGCCGCGUUUCAACGUCAUCUGCUGCACAUAUCAACAAAAAUGGAUAACGCAACCAACGUCUUGCUUGACGAUAUUGAGGCCUCGUGUGAGUAUGAAUCACUAGUGUGCGACCCAGAUAGAUGCUCGACGCUUGUCAAUACUUAUGGUUCAAAUUUAAAAAUACUUUUACAAAAUAUUAGAAGCCUAAACAGUAAUUUCAAUGGACUCUUAACUUUACUAAGCUUAAUAAAUUCUGACGUUGAUAUAAUUGUAUUGUCAGAGUGCUGGAUUACCUCCAACCAAACGAUCCCUCAAAUAAACGGCUAUAAUUCUUACGUAAGUUUAAAAACCAACGUGUUGCAAAAUGACGGUGUCGUGUUCUACAUUAAAGAAAAUAUAAAUAAUGUAACUGUGGAAGAGCCCGAUAUAUUUCUAGAUGCAAACUGCUUAAUAUUAAAAAUAGGAACUGAUACGGCUUUAGUAGGCAUUUAUCGCUCCCCCUCGAAUAAAAACAUAAACAACUUUCUAUUGUCCCUUAAUAAAAUUUUAUCGCAGCUAUCGAUAUUUAAAAAUGUAUUUCUUAUGGGAGAUUUUAACAUUGAUAUCAAAAACGGCAACCAAGAUCGAAACUCUUUUGAAUACUUAACUCAAUUAGCUUUUCUUGGAUAUCUUCCUUCUCACCUCCGACCAACUAGAGAAAAAAAUUGUCUUGACCAUGUCUUUGCAAAGUCUAAACUUGCCUUAAAAACUUUAGUGCUCCAUAGUAGUUUAACUGACCACAGUUCAUUGUUACUGUGUAUCCCUCAGUAUUACCAAAGAGCCCCUAGUCAAGUCAUCAUAUCUAAACUGGACAAUAAAUCAGCUACCCGUGACAUAGAAAAUCUUGAUAUGACCCCUAUUUACCAAGCGACAGAUGCCAAUGACGCCAUGGAAUACUUAGUCUCAUCUUUAACACGAAUUAUAGAAAAUAACACAGUGACUAAAAGUAUGUCACGCAAAAUGAAAACUAUUAAACCAUGGAUAACCCCCGGAUUGUUACGAUGCAUUAGAAACCGUGACAGAAUGCAUAAAAAACUGGCAAAAACUCCAAAUGACACAAUACUUAAAACAACAUACCAACGUUAUCGAAAUUUUUGUAAUAAUUUGUUAAAAAACCUAAAACGACAACAUGACAAAACAGAAAUAAUAAAAGCAGGACACGAUAAAAAGAAAUUAUGGAAAGUCAUCAAAAACGUAACAAGUAUGAGUAAUAUGAGGUCGACGUCUCAAGCGCUUAUAGCUGACGCUAUAGACGCUCGGCAGACAGUCAAUACAGCAAACAAUUUUUUUGCGAAUAUAGGUAAAACGCUCGCAGAAAACACAAAUUGUUAUUCUCAAUUGCCUACCUCUCAGAAUACGACCCCUUACCGUGUGAUAAACUCUAACUCCUUUGUAUUAACUGAUACGGACGAAGCCGAAAUUGAUAGCAUUAUAAUGACUCUCAGAAAUGACUGCGCUACUGGUAUUGACAAAAUCCCUUGUUCUUUUAUAAAACAACAUAAAAAAAUCUUGACCCCUCCACUGACCCACCUCUUCAACUUGUGCAUUUAUACAGGCGUUUUUCCCAAAAUUCUAAAAAUAGCUCUCAUCAAACCAAUCCACAAAGGUGGUGAUAAGAGUUGUAUUAAUAACUAUCGCCCAAUCGCUAUCUUGCCAUCUUUAUCAAAAAUAUUAGAACGUGUAAUAUCUAAACGAUUUGUUAAAUUCUUAGACAAGUAUAAACUCCUGGCAUCAUCACAAUAUGGCUUUAGAGCAGGGCUUUCAACGAACGACGCAGUUCACGAUCUUACAGAUUAUGUUGUUAGACAGCUUGACUCCCAAAAAAAGUGUUUAGCUAUAUUCCUGGACCUGGCUAAAGCUUUCGAUACUGUGACAAUUCCAACACUUAUUGACAAGCUGGAGUACAUAGGAAUAAGAGGUCAUCCUCUAAGAAUUUUUAAAGAUUAUCUUUCUGAUCGAAAACAACGAGUUUCGAUUGAAAACCAUAUAAGUGACGAACUCCCCAUUGAUUAUGGUGUCCCACAGGGAAGUAUUCUGGCCCCAUCCCUUUUUCUGACGUACAUAAAUGACCUAUGUACCCUCCCUAUUCCAAAUGGUAGAGUUAUAUCCUACGCAGACGAUACAGCCCUACUCUUUAACGGCGAUACCUGGACUGACGUUUUCAAAAACGCGCAAGUAGGUUUAAACCUAGUUACCCGCUGGCUAAAAACAAACGCACUAACAUUAAAUACGGAAAAAACAAAAUAUAUCACGUUCUCCUCAAAUAUAUCUACCCAACCGUCCGAUAACAUCCACACUUUAAUAGCACAUAAUUGUCCAGAUCCCGACACGUCGCGUGUAAACCUUUGUCCUUAUAACUGCCCAAAACUCAGUACCACUAACAAUAUCAAGUACCUGGGUGUUAUUAUCGAUCAGCAUCUUAACUUUAAAGCACACAUCGAAUCUCUGACAUCUAGAGUUAGAAAAUUAAUUUAUGUCUUUAAGAACCUAAGACAUGCGGCAGAUCAAACACUUAUUAAAUCAGUCUAUCUUGCACUUUGUCAAUCACUGUUAGUAUAUUGUAUCACGUCCUGGGGAGGAGCAAACAAGACAACGAUCAUCGAUUUAGAAAGAGCUCAGAGGGCAGUUCUCAAAGUUAGCACUUUCCGUCCCUUACGUUAUCCCACGACUCAAUUGUUGACCGAGUGUAAAGUUCUGAGCGUUCGACAGUUAUUCGUCUUGAACACUGUAGUAAAAAAACAUUCACUCAUACCCUAUAACCCCCAGAUCUUAUCUGGCAAGCGACGUGCUGACAUAAUUUGCACCAAAGAUUCAUUCCGCACCGCAAACACACGUAAGUUUUUUUGUUUCCUCGGCUCUUUCCUUUACAAUAAAUUCAAUCUCCUAUUGAAUAUUUACCCAAUGCCCAGUAAAGUCUGCAUAAAAGCGGUACAAACGUUGCUCAUUGGCAAGGCGUACGAGGACACAGAAAGACUACUAGAAAUAGUCACAUAGAAGUUAAGAAAGAUUUAUAUGUGUGUUGUACAAACUAAUUGCUAAGUAUGUCACCACUUAACGUUCUAAAGAGUAGAAUAUAGUCAUAGUCAUAUAGUUUAUUGUUAUUAUAAAUAAAUAAUCAUCUUGUUUGGUAAGCACUUCCCCACUUAUACACUGACCUACAAAACGUGCAUACCUAAGAUACAAGUAAAUGUUUACUUAGUUUAGGUAUUGUUCAAAUUUCCAUUAGAGUUUAGAAAAUACAUAUUUGUAUCGGUAUUAAUAUUGUUAAAUUGAUCUGUACCUAUCUUAACCUGAAUCCAUGAAUUACUAGUAUUUAAGUAUAAAUUGUAUAAUUACCAUUGUAUAAAUCA